AUGCCUUUAAAGAAACUUUUUUUCAAACUAUUAACGAAAUGCUACUUCGUGUUUAUGCUCUUUAUCAUAAAUCAUCAAGAAGGGACAUUUAAACCUAAGCGCUCUAAUGGAACUAAAUGGAUUAGUUUCAAGCUAUCAGCAAUGCAUAUUAUGUUUGAUAAAUUUGGUGUUUUUAUACAACAUCUGGAAACUAUAGCUUCAGAAAGAUCCACUAAAGAUAGGGAUAAUCUCAUUGGUUAUCUAAAAAAAUGGAAAUCAGUUAAAAUGUUGUUACAAAUUGCUUUGUUCAUUGAUUUAUUAAUGCCUGUAUCUGUGUUGUUAAAAAACUUUCAAAGAGAAGAUCUGGACAUUGUAUCUUCCUUGAAUUCUCUUAGACAAGCUAAAGAGAAAAUCAUACAGUUAAAACACAAAGAGACUUAUCAGAUGGCUAGUUUCAAAUUCUUGGAUUCAAAAUUGUUCAAAGGUAAUGAUUUUGUGGAGUAUCAAAACGUAAGAUUCAAGAAGACGGAAUUUGAUAAUGCAUAUGAACAGAUAAAAACUGACAAAGAAAAAUUAGUGGAUAUGUUAUUAGAAAAUCUGCAACAGAGACUUGAAGGGGAGGAUGAUAUUAUGUUCCAGAAAAUAGCUAAAAUAUUGGACACUCAAAAUUGGAAUUCAUUGGCGAUUCAAUGUGAAAAAGAAGAAUUUGCUGAUGAUGAUAUUGUUUCACUUCUGGAACAUUUCUACCUAAUUUUAGUAGCCAAUGGUGUUGACAUUCCCAUCCCAGAAAUGCUUUAUGAGUGGCAUGACUUAGUUUAUUUUGUUAUUUAUUACUUGAAUCCAGUCAGAAAUGAAUAUAGAAUAACUUGGAAAGUUAUCUUUUCUUAUCCUAAAGCAAAGAGCAACUGGAAAAACAUUUUAAUCUUAAAGAAAUUCUCCUUACCUUUCCAUCCCAAUGGUGGAAAAAUGGUCAAAAUUAAAAUCCAUACGUCCAAAUCAAAUAAGGAAAACAAAUCAAACCAGAAAAAUCCUAAACAGAGAAAGAGAAAAUAUUAUGAACUGGACAGUACUUCAGAUAAUGAAUCUUAUGUUAAGGGCAAAUGUGACUCUGAAAGUGAUAAUGAAACUUCUGAUGGAAGUUCUAGUGAUAGUCAAAAUGUCAAAUCAUGGUUUGAAAAAAACAUUGAAUCGUCUUCAGACGAGGAUUUUGAAUGA